CUGCCGGACCCGCGACGUCACAACCUAGCCCCGCUCCGCCGUAUGACUGACGCGUUCGUCUUCCAAUCGCAAUGGCGGUUGUCGCCCGGGGUGACCAAUGGGCGCGACGGGAGAUACUGAGCAAGUUCGUGUGCUUUGCGUAGAGUGUGCGGUGGUGUUGACAAUAGGUGCCGAAAAGCAGCAACACGGAUUCCGACUCGAGAGGAGAAGGACCCUCGCGAGCGACAGCAUCAUCAUAAUCAGCAGCAGGACGCAAAGCAGAAGGACGGGGAAUGUAGAAGCCAUCUUUGGGCUUUCUCCAUGGCAGUUUGAGGGCUGUUCGCUCGGCAGGAGACCCGCCGCAGGCCGACAAUCUGCCUCAUUCCUCCUCCAACUCCUCCUCCUCCGCUGCCGCUUGGGAAAGGCUGACAGCACCGAGCUGGAGGUAGCCCCGUAAUUUAGCCGCUCCCCCUCCCCCCAGCCCGCUAGAUUCCCAAACAUAGGAUAAAUCCUCGCCACCGUCUCCGUUGCGAAGCGCAGACGAUCAAGGUAAAGUACUCCCCCACACCAUCUCCUUCUCCUCCGCCCCCAAGUGGAGCUAACAGCGGCUUGUCGGGACUCGGGACGGCGCGUCCAGCCUGGGCUUCAGUGCCCCCCUCCCCUCCGUCAGUGUGUCAGCUAUCGCUAGCAGCAUUCGCUCCGCCUCGGUUUUUACGUCUGGGAUGAUGGGUGACCGUCCGAACCCGCCCAGGGCGAUGUCCUCGGCAGCCACCACGCCUCCAUCGGUGGACAAAGUGGAUGGCUUUUCCCGCAAGUCUGUCAGGAAGGCCAAGCAGAAGCGCUCGCAGAGCUCGUCCCAGUUUCGCUCCCAGGGCAAACCCAUUGAGCUCACGCCGUUGCCGCUGCUCAAGGACGUGCCGGCGCCGGAGCAGCCAGAGCUGUUCUUGAAGAAGCUGCAGCAGUGCUGUACCGUCUUUGACUUCAUGGACACGCUGUCGGACCUGAAGAUGAAGGAGUACAAGCGUUCCACGCUCAACGAGCUGGUGGACUAUGUCACCGUCAGCCGCGGCUACCUGACCGAGCAGGCCUACCCCGAAGUGGUGAAAAUGGUGUCUAACAAUAUAUUCCGGACCCUCCCGCCCAGCGACAGUAACGAGUUUGACCCCGAAGAGGACGAGCCCACGCUGGAGGCGUCCUGGCCUCACUUACAGCUGGUCUACGAAUUCUUCAUCCGCUUCUUGGAGAGCCAGGAGUUCCAGCCCAGCAUUGCCAAAAAGUAUAUAGACCAGAAGUUUGUCCUGCAGCUCCUGGAGCUGUUUGACAGUGAGGACCCUCGGGAGCGAGACUACCUGAAGACGGUUCUGCAUAGAAUCUACGGCAAAUUCCUGGGACUGAGGGCUUUUAUACGAAAACAGAUCAAUAAUAUUUUUCUACGUUUUGUUUAUGAGACGGAGCAUUUCAACGGGGUGGCAGAGUUGCUGGAGAUCCUGGGCAGUAUAAUCAAUGGCUUUGCUCUGCCGCUGAAGGCGGAGCAUAAACAGUUCCUGGUCAAAGUGUUGAUCCCGCUCCACACGGUCCGCAGUCUGUCGCUCUUCCACGCGCAGUUGGCGUAUUGCAUUGUACAGUUCCUAGAGAAAGACCCCACAUUAACAGAACCUGUCAUCCGAGGAUUGCUCAAGUUCUGGCCCAAGACUUGCAGUCAAAAAGAGGUGAUGUUUCUGGGCGAGCUGGAGGAGAUCCUGGAUGUGAUUGAGCCCACCCAGUUUGUCAAGAUCCAGGAGCCGCUCUUCAAACAGAUUUCCAGAUGCGUGUCCAGCCCGCACUUCCAGGUCUGCCUUGCCCCGUGCGCCACCUUUGCGCUCGAGCUGACUGAGGUGCCGGUUUGUGCGCAGGUGGCGGAGCGAGCGCUCUACUACUGGAACAACGAGUACAUCAUGAGCCUGAUUGAAGAGAACUCCAACGUCAUUCUGCCCAUCAUGUUUGCCAGCCUCUACCGCAUCUCCAAAGAACACUGGAACCCGGCUAUCGUGGCACUGGUGUACAACGUACUGAAGGCCUUCAUGGAGAUGAACAGUACUUUAUUCGACGAACUCACCGCCACCUACAAGUCAGACCGCCAGCGGGAGAAGAAAAAGGAGAAGGAGCGCGAGGAGCUUUGGAAGAAGUUGGAGGACUUGGAGCUCAAGCGAGGCCUACGGAGCGAUGGCAUCAUCCCCACUUAACGCUCAACCCCCCCAUCCCCAUCAGCCACGUCCCGCAGAACCCACCCCUCCCCAGAAACGUCUGGCCGGCGGUGUUUGCAGUUUGGAUCGGGAGCUCCGCUUGGUCUCUUAAUUGAUACUUUUUCUUUUCUUAUGUUUUUUUUCUUGUGUUUGUGCGAUUACUUUACAAUAGAUUCAUCUUCACGUCUGUUUUCAUGCUUUCAACACUGUAAAUAUUUUUUUUCUUUUUCCCUUCAACUGAUAUUAUUGCAAACGGACGGAAAAAAACUAAACAUAAUAAAAAACAAGAAAAAAUAGAAAA